CUUCAUUCUGCAUUCUCUCUCGUGCUUAUGGAUAACGCUCAAUAAAAAGAAGGCUUAGAACCAAUAUUACCUCACUAUUAUAACAACUGUGUGAGGGUGCUGGAAAUACAAUUUUCGCAAUCUUGAAGAUCUAAUCGUCCGAAAUCCAGGUAUUAUAAACCCAUGUCUAUUUUGAGAUUUAACCUUAGUCCUCAGCCACGUAUGCAACCUCGUCCCAACUCGAACCUCAGCCGUACGAACAAAGAUGUCUAUUACACACUCUCUUCAUCUGCUUUAUCGCAAUAACAAUGGCAGAGGCUCUCGGAAUUGUCUCUAGUGUUAUUGCAGUUAUUGAUUUAUCUGUCAAAGUUGCCUCACGGUGCUCCGAAUACUACACAAAUGUCAAGAAUGCUCAAGACGAUAUCAAACGUCUCCAAAGUGAGGCUCAAGAAUUAAAAGCAAUACUUGAGAAGGUUCAUUCAACAUGCGACGGUUCAAAUGGUGUAAGACUCCAAGAUCCCCAAAGCUUGUGUAAAGGGGUCGAGGAUUGCCAGAAGCAGCUCGUACAGCUGGAGGGAAAGCUUGAGCCUCGAGGAGCAAACAAAUUAAUGAAUCGCUAUGGGAUACGCGCCUUGAAAUGGCCUUUCAAAAGCAAAGAGGUGGAUAGUCUUAUAAAGAAACUCGAAAAUUGCAAGGCCAAUAUAUCUUUCAGUCUCCAAGUCGACCAAGAGGUGCAAAUUCUUAACAUCCAUCAAAAUAAUGUACUUGAUAAACUGCGAUAUGUCAACAACGCCGCGUUUGACUCCCACGAUGAAGAACACAAUGCCCGAUGCUACCAAGACACACGAGCGGAACUCCUUCGGCACAUAGAUAGCUGGGCUAGCGAUCGAGACAGCAAAUGUAUAUUCUGGUUAAAUGGUAUGGCAGGCACUGGCAAAUCUACGAUAUCCCGUACUGUGGCCCAAAAUCUUGCCCAAAAGGGAGAGCUCGGCGCCAGUUUCUUCUUUAAGAGGGGUAAAGGCGACCGUGGCCACGCAGGAAUGUUUUUUGCAACAAUUGUCACUCAGCUCGUCCAAAAACUACCUUCCUUAGCACCACAUGUUCGAGAUGCGAUCGAAGCUGACCCAGGAAUCUCUGGGAAGGCUUUGGGUCAACAAUUCGAUACACUUGUUUUGAAACCAUUAAUGAAGAUACAAAAUGAUCCUCAGAAAUCUUCUAGUAUAGUGAUUGUGGUUGAUGCUCUUGACGAGUGUGAUCGAGAAAAGGAUGUUGAAGCUAUCAUUCGCCUAUUUUCACAAGCGCAGCACAUCGCAUCGCUCAAGUUCUUCUUGACAAGCAGGCCAGAGCUUCCGAUUCGCCUGGGCUUUAAGAAAAUAGGAGAUAGAUAUAAAGGAUUAGUUCUCCAUGAAAUACCCGAGGAAAUUGUUAAGGAAGAUAUCUCUUCAUUCCUAGAACAUGAACUAGCAAUAAUCCGAGAAGAUUAUAACAUAUCAGUCACCCAAAACCGGCAAUUACCCGCGGAUUGGCCAGGCUAUACAAUCAUCCAAAGUUUAGUCGGAAUGGCAAUCCCAUUGUUUAUUUUUGCUACAACCAUCUGCCGGUUCAUCAAUGACCGAAAAUGCGGCCAACCGAAGGAGCAGCUUGCUGAGGUCCUGAAAUAUGAGGGUAGAAGCCAAGUGUCUAAACUUGACGCAACAUAUCUCCCUGUCCUAAACCAGCUAAUCUUCGAAGUUAAUCCUUCACAGAGAAGAGGUAUAUUACAAGACUCCAAGCAAGUCGUUGGAUCAAUCGUCAUUCUUGCUAGCCCUCUUUCCGCUACUUCUCUUGAUCGACUCCUUGGACUCCCUGAAGGUAUAGUCGACAGUAAAACAGAUCUCCUCCACUCCGUUCUAAGCAUCCCCUCUCGUCCUGAUCACCAUAUACGACUGCUCCAUUUGUCGUUCCGGGACUUUCUCAUUGAUACUGAGAAGUGCGGAACGAAUCCCUUUUGGAUUGACGAGAAAGAUACUCAUAAGAAGUUAGCGACCCGAUGCAUUGAACUCUUAUCGACGGGCGAAAAUCUCAAAAAAGAUAUUUGCAAUGUUCGAACACCAGAAAAGCCACGAGCAGAUAUUGAUAAACAAACGAUAGAUUUUCACCUGCCAUCCGAAAUUCAAUAUGCUUGCCAGUAUUGGGUAUACCACUUGAAGGAAAGCGGAAGUAGUAUAUACGAUAGCGAUCAAGUCCACAAUUUCCUCAAGUGUCAUUUUCUCCCCUGGCUUGAAUCAUUAAGCUUGAUUGGAAGGCUACGAGAAAGUAUUGGGAUGGUAGACAGCUUAUUGAAUAUAAUAGAUCCAAUAAAAGGCGACCAAAUAGCUAGGUUCCUUCAUGAUGGAAAGCGCUUUAUCCUCAGCUACUACUCUAUAGCUGACUCAUCGCCCCUCCAACUCUACUCCUCCGCACUCACCUUUGCUCCAAAGAAAAGCAUCAUUCGAAAUACAUUUCAUAACUAUAUCCCUGAUUGGAUCUUACAGAAGCCAAAUACAGAUCUGGGAUGGAAUACAGUUCUUCAGACGCUCGAAGGGCAUAGCGGUUCGGUCAACUCGGUCGCUUUCUCGGCCGACUCGAAGCUGCUGGCAUCGGCAUCGCGCGAUCACACAAUCAAGAUCUGGGAUACAGCUACAGGCACACUACAGCAGACGCUCGAAGGGCAUAGCAAUUCGGUCAACUCGGUCGCUUUCUCAGCCAACUCAAAGCUGCUGGCAUCGGCAUCGUGCGAUCGCACAAUCAAGAUCUGGGAUACAGCUACAGGCACACUACAGCAAACGCUCGAAGGGCAUAGAGGUUCGGUCAACUCGGUCGCUUUCUCGACCAACUCGAAGCUGCUGGCAUCGGCAUCGGGCGAUCACACAAUCAAGAUCUGGGAUACAGCUACAAGCACACUGCAGCAAACGCUCGAAGGGCAUAGCAAUUCGGUCAACUCGGUCGCUUUCUCAGCCAACUCAAAGCUGCUGGCAUCGGCAUCGCGCGAUUACACAAUCAAGAUCUGGGAUACAGCUACAGGAACACUGCAGCAAACGCUCGAAGGGCAUAGGUGUUCGGUCAACUCGAUCGCUUUCUCAGCCAACUCAAAGCUGCUGGCAUCGGCAUCGCACGAUUAUACAAUCAAGAUCUGGGAUACAGCUACAGGCACACUACAGCAGACGCUCGAAGGGCAUAGCAAUUCGGUCAACUCGGUCGCUUUCUCGACCAACUCGAAGCUGCUAGCAUCGGCAUCGAAUGAUCGCACAAUCAAGAUCUGGGAUACAGCUACAGGCACACUGCAGCAAACGCUCGAAGGGCAUAGGGGUUCGGUCAACUCGGUCGCUUUCUCAGCCAACUCAAAGCUGCUGGCAUCGGCAUCGUGCGAUUACACAAUCAAGAUCUGGGAUACAGCUACAGGAACACUGCAGCAAACGCUCGAAGGGCAUUUCGGCGUCAGGAAUUUAUCAUUUGGUAUCACAAACUCAACCUUAAUUACAGACAUUGGCUGCUUUAGGUUAAAUAUAAACAGCAACAUCCCUUUGCCUUCAUCUUCUCGAGCAAUAAAUAGUAGAAGCCACCGUCAAGGAUUAAGUAUCAAUGAGUCUUGGGUAAUAUGGAAUGACCAGAAUCUUCUUUGGUUACCACCCGACUUCCGGCCUGAAAUCUUUACUAUCUCGCAUACCGGCUCGAAACUCGCCAUUGCAUGUCAAUCUGGGAGAGUUUUUAUUAUCGGAAUAAAUGAUCCAUAUAGUAAUAUUCUUUAA